UUCGUUUCUGGAUAUCUGCCAGGACACAUGUGUCUUACAUCUAUACGGUUAACUUCAAUUUAUCUUUGCUUUUAUUCGCUAACUGAUCUCGUGCUGGACUUGGCCUGAAUGGAAUAAACGAAUACAUAUUUUAUAUAUAAAUAUACGGCUGAUAAAAUACAGCUGUUACGCAGCCGAUCGAUCGUUGCAAACAUCUGUAAUUAGAAAAAAAUUUGCUCGCCAGCAUGUAAUGACGAAAACUACUGGUUGCCGUCGGCAUUUUUUUUCAUCAUGAAUGCAUUUAACAUCAUACAAAUUUUGUUAAACGUAUUGCGACUUAUAUUGCAAAUUCUUUACUACAUCUGCCAAAGCGUGUACUACACCUUCUUCGGAUUAGAAGAAAAGAAUGUGAAUGGUGAGAUUGUUUUGAUAACAGGUACAGGUCAUGGUAUAGGAAAGGAGUUGGCGAUUCAAUACGCAUGCUUAGGUGCGAAAGUUGUGUGCUUAGACAUAAACAAGCAAACUAAUGAGCAAACAGCAAAAGAGAUUAAAGAAAUUGGCAAAGAUGCAUAUGCAUAUGAAUGUGACGUGACUAAAAGAGAAGAUGUUUUUGCAAUAGCCAAAAGAGUAAAAGAAGAAGUCGGUGAUGUUACAAUUUUAGUUAACAAUGCCGGCAUAAUGCCAUGCCAUACUUUUUCAAAACAUACGGUUGAUGAAAUCAUACAAAUAUUUAAUAUUAAUGUGUUAGGACACUUUUGGAUGUUGCAAGCAUACUUACCAAGUAUGAUAAGAAGAAAUUAUGGUCACAUUGUUGCAUUGUCAUCACUAGCAGGCAUCGUAGGAUUUCCCAAUUUAGUUCCUUAUUCCGCUUCAAAAUAUGCAGUUAUAGGUAUAAUGGAUGCGCUUGAGAACGAAUUACAUGUAUCUAACAAGGAAAAAUCUUUAAUCAAAUUCACUACUAUCUGUCCCUACAUGGUAGAUACGGGACUUUGCAAAAAGCCAAAAAUUAAUAAAAUGUUGGAAAUAUUUUUACAACUAAACUCACCGAAAGAUACAGCUGCACAAAUAAUUAAAGCUCAACGACAAAAUGUACAAAUAACAACUAUACCAUCAUUUUGGUUACCACUCAUAAAAUGGAUUAGGAUUUUACCCAAAAAUGCACAAACUGCUAUAAAUGAUUUCGUUGAUACUGGCGUCGAAUCAGGAGAAUAAAUAUA